AGAGGAAAGGUGCAUCGAUAUUCUUCUGAUUAUUGCAGUCUUCAUUUUUCAUCAGGGAUAAAGACACAAGCACCAUGGCUGAUAACAAAAGAAUGUCCAUGAGUCGGAAACACUCCUUGAAGAGCUUAAUGCUUGUGGUAGCAAAGAAUUGGUUGGAAGUUGAAGAAAAGGAGAAAGCAGAGGAGAGGGAAAAUUAUAUGGAGGAGCACUGCCCACCUCUAUCCUUGCCCAGCUCCAAAGAGGAAUUAGAGGCACUAUGCAAAGAAUUACAUGAAAAGAUUGAUAUUAUUGAUGAGGAGAGGUACAAUCUUCAUUACAAGGCCAACUUGGUUGUGGAAGAGGUCAAGGACAUGAAUAUAAAAAUUGUAGACCUUAAAGGCAAGUUCAAGAAACCUCCUCUGAAGAAAGUGCGUAUGUCGGCUGAUGCCAUGCUUCAGGCUCUGUUAGGCUCCAAACACAACGUGAACCUUGACCUGAGAGCCAACCUGAAGCAAGUAAAGAAGGAGGUCAAGGAGGAGGAUAAGGAACUGCGUGAUGUUGGUGACUGGCGUAAGAGCAUUGAAGACAAGGCUGGCAUGGGUGGAAGAAAGAAGAUGUUUGAAUCUGAGGCCUGAGUAAACAGAACAGAGCUUAUGGGGAAUUGCCCAUUAGUAACACCAUCUAGUUUCCAAUGAAUAUAAUAAUGAGUUGUUUACUUAAAGCAUAUACUUACUUUUAUCCAUACCCAGUGAUUUUUUUCACCAUGCUUCUUUUUAAAUUUUGUGUUUCUUAAAACAAUACAUAAAUAA